AUGCAAACCAUUCAACUGGAUACAUUGCCCUUACCGGAAGUAACAUCGGACAAGACCUUACCCAAUUCCCUGAACCUGAUGUUUAGCCUGGCGGAUGAUCAUGUAUGCCUGGAACAUGCUGGUGGAAGCACCGCGAACAUCUUAAACGGACGGUUUUCCAUAGCCGAUGAGGCAAUCCACAAGCUGUGCAAAGACAUCGCACAGUUGGAGGCCGAAGCCAAUCCGGAGGUGACCUUCUUUGACAUUGGCUACCUGGUCGGCAGCCGGACCGACAACAUCAACCGCCGGAAAAGUUUCUAUGAAAAGCAGAUGCCUUUAUUAAAUUAUUCCACCGUUAAAGAUCCGCUUAGCCUGCGGGACAUGAUGGUAUCCGUUCAGGGGAGCCAGCUCAUCCUGACCUCGAAAGCAACCGGCAAGCGCCUGAUUCCCCGCAUGGCUUCAGCCUAUAACUAUGGUCAUUCAGACCUGCCGGUAUACCGCCUGCUCUGCGAUCUCCAGCACCAGGGCAUUCAUUCCUACCUGCACUUCGACGCGGGCAGCUUAUUGCCGGAGCUGGACCACUAUCCUCGUAUACAGUACAAAAAUAUUAUCCUGUCACCAGCCAAAUGGAUCAUCAACCGUUCGGAGCUGCCUGCCUCAACUGAUCCCGCGCAAUUGGUAGCGGAUACACGGGCCUUGCUGCAAACCCGUGGCCUCAGCCCGUACUUUAAAACAGGUAUGGCUGACCAGACUUUAGUCUUCGAUAUGCACAGCGAUCAGGACAUCAAAGCCUUCCUGAUGCUGACGCAGAAACAACAAAAAGCAGAACUGUCUGAAGUGAUCCUGCCCAGAUCCCCGGACAUGCAGGAUACCACAGGUAAACCCUAUGCCGGGCAAUAUGUGGUUAGCAUGGUGCAUGGGCAAAACAUCUAUCGCGGUAUAACUGCGGAUCUAUCCUCUGCUGAUUUGGGAAUACAACGGGUGUUUCCACCGGGCAGCGAAUGGUUGUAUUUUGAGAUCUACUGUCAUGCGCACCGGGCCAAUAACCUGCUUUGCGGAAAAAUACAAAGCUUCCUGCACCUACAUGCGGCACAGUUACAGCACUGGUUUUUUAUCCGCUACAACCAGCAUGGCAAUCACCUCCGCCUGCGCCUGAAACUCCAUGAUCCCAUUCAGGGGCAACAACUGAUCAGCGGCCUUUCCAAGCUACUAAGCCAUGAAUUGACCAGUGGCAUUGUUUCCGACAUUCAGGUUAAAACAUACCACCGGGAAUUGGAACGGUACAGCCCGGAACUCAUCGAUCAUGUGGAGAUACAUUUUCACCGCGACAGCGCUUAUGUAGUCAGCCUAUUGAAAUUAGACCUCGACAAUGAAGACCUCUACCAGUUAUGCAGCCAGGCCAUACUUCGCAUAAGGCAACGCGGUUUGUUAAGUACCCAAACCCUUGGGGAAAUUCUUGCAGGAAGCGCAGCCGCCUUUGGCCGGGAACACCACAUGAACACCAACGAUUACAAAAAGCUCAACGCCCAGUACCAGAAAUACCGCAGCAAGCCAGCGGUACAGUUAGAGAAUAUCCAGCUUGAUGCUUUUGAAGCUUUCUGUGCAAGCUUCAUCGAUGUUUUGGACAAGUGUCCUGAAAGCAGAAGACCACAACUACUGACAGACCUCUUGCACAUGCAUGUCAACCGCCUGUUUAGCACCUUGCAACGUACCCAUGAAAUGAUCCUGUAUGACUACCUGCUCAAAGCCUAUAAAGCUGGAAAGGCAAAAGCGAAGUUCCUAAUUCAUAUUCAAUCAACUUAA